CUUAAAAUAAAAAUAGACUUCGGAAUUCACGGGGAAAACUCGAGCGACAUGGUCGCAAACAACGAAGGCGCGGCGGGCAACGAUUCCAUGGAAGUCGAAGGCAGCGGCAGUGCAGAGAGACAGGAAGUGUCGUCGUACUGGUGUCACUUGUGCGCGAGGAAUGUACAGACCCGAUUGAACACCGAGUCGGACGAAGUCGAGUGCGAAGGAUGCGGCGGCUGCUUUGUCGAAGAGGUUGAAGACGAUACGCCGGGGCAAGAACGGGCGCAGGACUUUGUGCCUCAUGAAGGAACACCUCAAGAGACUUCGCCUGCGUCGCAAGAGCGCAGCGAUAACGUCGAAGAAGAACCCCGUCGAUCGAUUCGCAUCACCAGAUCUUCCUUGCCGAACAUGAUGCAUGACAUUUUUCAGCUAUCCCGUCAAGGCUCUGCCGGCAAUUCAGACGAGUACGGCACCCGUCUUCGCCCAAGAGGGGAUCGAACACGACUUAAUUCUCCAUGUAGAGCCUCCGACGAGCGUCGUGGACGCGUCGACCGACUCUUCACGAGUCGCGGCCAGCCCGUGGAAGUGUACAUCACUGGUGCGGGGGGUCCCGGGACAGCUGGGCUCAUGGGAGCCCUCAGCGGCAUGUUUCAAAGUGGCGGCAACUCUGGCGGCACGCUUGGCGACUAUGCAUUUGGAAACAUUUCCAACAUUAUCAACCACCUCAUGCAGAACGACCCGAACCAGCAUGGCGCCCCCCCGGCCGCGAAAACCGUGCUGGACGCGCUGCCCAAGGUGCACAUUUCCCAGGACGAAGUGGACAACAAGCACGAUUGCGCAGUGUGCAAGGACGUGUACGAGCUGAAGGAGGAGGCGCUGCGACUGCCCUGUGCCCACGACUUCCACUCGCAUUGCAUCCUUCCAUGGUUGAAGCAGCAUAACUCGUGCCCCGUGUGUCGGUUUGAACUCCCCACCGACGACCAAGAGUACGAGAGCACGCGCGGAGGGGAUGCGACCAGCACGCCCGCCAACAGUGCGAUGGCCAGCUGAUGGCGCCGUCGUCAGUAGUCUACCUUGUCCCCUCAUUUAUCGAACCAUCCAAUCACUUGAACUUCACUUCGCC